GGGACUUAUAUAAGUUGUGGUAAAGUAAUGAGCAAAAAUCGGUUACAAGUUCAUGUCGUUAAAUUAUCGAUUUUUUUUCUUAGUAUAAAUUUUCACGCGAAAUUUUCCGAAGUCAUGAUAAUCUUGAGCAUCUGCAAAAUCAUAGGUUCACAUAUAAAUCAGGAGUUAGAUGAUCGGUGA